UCACAGCAUUUUGUUUGUUUACCUUUCAUUAUCCAGAUUUCAUUUUCAAAACUUUUCACUGUUGUUCAUACAUUUUUUUUCAUCACUGUUAAAGUUGUCCCUAAUUUUGUAAAUAUCUUUUGAGGAUUAUACUACUUCUUAAAACACACCAAAAAUGUCUUCAGAAGACUCUACAGACGCUGGAAUUUCUUCAAAUCCAUUUGCCGUGUUCAUCCUUAUAUUAUUUGGAAUCGUUCUUUUAGUCUAUCUGCUUUCGAAUCCCAUCAAACAAGCCUUAGACACUUGCAGACUGAAGUUCCUAUCCUUUGUAUUGGCAAGGUACUGGUGCAUGGUACUGGAAAAGUAUAAAGAAGAACUGGACAACUUCUUCCAGCCUCUUCACAUGAAAAAGAAAGAAAUUUCUGAAAAUCUCGACGUUUUGGAAAUUGGUAUCGGAGAUGGUACGAAUUUCCCUUAUUAUCCGGAAGGCUGCAAUGUACAUGCUUUGGACAUAGACGAUACUUGUGAAGCGGUAGUGCAGAAUAACAUAAAGAAAUAUCCGCACCUGAUGUUCAAAAAGUUCUACUGUUCUUUCUUGUGAUUUCGACAUUUACUG